AUGGCAAAUAAAUUUUUAUUAUUUGUUCUUGUCAUUGUAUUCUUAAUCAACUUUACCUUUGCUAUUAAUUUGAAAAGAGAUGAACAAAUUAGUCAAACUUCUUCCAUUAAGAAAAGAGAUGAACAAAUUAGUCGCACUUUUCCUAUUAACCGAAAAUACGCUAACAGCUCACCUUUGAUGAAAAAAGAUGCUACUUGUCCAAGUGGUUCUUAUGAAUGUACAGAUAGCGAAGGAGGAUGUUGCCCUAACGGUCAAUGUUGCUUACCUAACUUCACAUGCGGUG